AUGUCUUGUCGCACCUGCAGGAGACGUCAUCACACUCUUUUACAUCAACCUAAGUACUCCGACUCGCCGGCAUUAUCUGCUGAAGUUGUUCAACCGACGAAGUCAACCCAUUCUGAUGUGGAAGAAAAGCAAGUGCACACAAUGACCUCCUCAUUUCAAAGUGAAUCAAAGAUUGCUCUAUUAGCUACAGCAGUAGUUAUUGUAAGAAGUGCAGAUGGCCACACUACAUUAUUCGAUUCAGGAUCUCAAGCAUGCUUUAUAAGCGAAAAGGCGACUCAAAUACUUAAACUGGACCGAAGACCAGUGAAUCUUGUUGUCUCUGGAAUGGAAUCAAUGAAGGUGCAUGUAAAACAAGAGGUCAACAUACAAGUUUUAUCACGAUGGGAAUCCAAUUUCUGUCUUCCAAUACAAGCCUACGUGAUGUCCAAACGAUUGACCUCGAACUUACCUUCCAAAAUUAAGAUGGAUAGUAACUGGCAACACCUAAAGGACCUUAACCUCGCCGACCCAAAUUUCUACAAAACUGGCAAUAUAGAUCUACUAUUGGGCGUGGAUGAAUAUACAGUCAUAUUGCAACAAGGACUUAUCAAAGGUCCACCAGGAACACCAUGCGCACAAAAAACUCAUCUUGGA